CAACAACCUUCCGAUUUGUGGGGACGCCGCUCUGCCUCUGAGCCACAGCUGCCCUGGAUGGCUGGGAACAGUUUGUAGUUUUGUAAUUAUUUGUGAAUAAUGGUGAAGCUGGGCUCCACCAAAAGAAGAUGAAUACGUCUACUGUCGAGCUGUUGAGUUUCUGCUGAUGAGUGUGAGAGGAGAUGGUGCAGACUCUGAAGAAAGGUUAGACAUUAAGUAUGUUUUGAUCGGAGCUGGGAUCGGCCUGUUCUUGGUGGCUGGAUUCAUUAUUUUGAAGGUCUGCAGCAUCAGGAAGCAGGUCAACGAUAAUGUCACAGUUGGUAGAACAAAGACACAUUCAGAGCCUCACCUGAUCACUUUGAGCCAUCUCAGCCAAUCAGACCAUCCCGUGGCGGCGGUGUCCGAUGACAUGCGAUGUUAAAGGUCAGGCAGAGUGAUUUGCAGGAUGGUGCGAACCCUGCAAAAGUGGCAUCUGGGUAGAAGGUCAACCAGGCGGCCGGGCGUCCCCUCACAUUUUAUUGAACACACAUAAAUACAGAUCUCGUUUACCUCAUUAUUGUUCAUCAGUAACAUGUAUCAUUAUCAUUUUCAUAAUAAAUGUCUGCAGAUCAUUUCUAAUAAUUGUAUUUGGCUGUGGAGA